AUGCCGUCGCGAAGCCGCCCCUUCUACUUCACACUCUACUCGAAGACCGGGGAGAAGAUUCCAGUUGCCAUCAAUGGCGAGCCGGCGCAGAUUGAUGCCCCGGGCUUCACAGGCUUGUGCCACAUCGUCCACGAAACGGGCAGCGAGACGGGGCUUGCGAAAGUGGAGCGAUCGAGGAAUCGAGGACUCAUUGUCCAGAUGCAGGGGAAGUUUGCGGAGACGGCCACACUAGGCGAAGAGAACUCCACCAACAUUUGGCUGGGCGGAACCCUCGGGUCAGCGCUGAACCUGGGUUGGGUCAUGCGAAACGUGGUGUCCUUGGGCUCCAAGUUUGCGAACAAGAAGACAGGAGGCCGAUUUUACAUCGACCUCGGCAACGAGAAGGCGCCCUGUCAGAUGGGUUUCCAUUUGCGGGCUUUGUUCCGUGUCCUAGCCACUCCGGAGGGAGAGGAGGCACCCAGACUGGGAAGCCCAGAACUGGAUGAUCUCCCGUAUGGCGGCCCCGGGCUCAUCGAGGUGGACACCAGCAAGACUUACACUCUCUACUGGAAGAUUCCAUACCUGGAUCUCUGUACUUGGGAGCUGCUGAAGGUGCCGGCGAUCAGUCCACUGCCGCUGGAGAAUGUGCUGGGAGAUCUUUCCACAACCAGGCUGUUCAUGUAUGACUUGGGCAAGUGCGGCGCCAAGCACCCAGACUUCGAGAAGUGCAUCCUCCUCGAGGCGACUUUCGAGCGAGGGGCCGAAGGCGACGAAUUCUACGACCCGAGGACAGCCAAGGUCGCAGCUGCUGCCAUCACGCAGCUGCCAACAGUGCUGAAUGCCUCUCCCAGCAGUCCGAAGAAGGAGAUCGCUCUGCCUCAUGAAGUGAGCAUCGCAGAUUCGCUUCAGGAAUUGGCCGAAGAUCUCAGCGAAGAGAACCAGCUGUUGCGCGACAUGUUCGCCCAGACGCUGCAGGAGCUACCCUGCUGGCAAGGCUUCGAGUCGCUACGCAGUGUGGAUUUCCGCGUGCCCUUCUACAUCGAGGCCAUCAGCCGUUUCCGAAAGCAGGAGGUGCGCAGCUGGUACAUCGUACGAGCUGAAGCUCCUGCUUCCGACCAGUUUUAUUGGCAAGCCCGUGAUGCUGAAGAGCUCGCUGUCCUUUGCCACCCGAAGCGGAGACUGUCCCGGUUCAUUCGGGGUGCAGCUCCGAGGAACUACCGCUGUUGCUCUGUCAAGACACUGGAGCAGUUCCGCAUCAUUGUGGGCGACCACCUUGCAAAGGACAGCAAACUGCGAAGCGCCGUGCUUCAAGCGGCCAAUGCACCGCCUGACAGCCCCAAGAGCCUUUCACGCCUGAUGCAACCCCCACCUCGCUUCUUUGAAGCAGAUGGAGCAAUGUGUGGCCUUGCCUUUGCGCAGGCAGCGCAGGAGCAGACCGGCACGAAGAAGGAGGCCCUUGUUGGGGCAGUCCACUUCGAGGGCCGGAUUUGUGAAGAGCUGUUGCGCUUGAGCUCCAACAACACUGUUCGCUGCUUUAGCCCCUACGACUGUGAUCAGCCUCGAGUCCUCUUCCAUGCCAAGGAAAUCUUGCAGGUGGAGGCCCUGCCUCAGAAGCUCCUAAACCGCUUUCACCUCUUCGAGGUGCAGACCAAUUUGCGGGUCUAUGUUUUCUGCUGCGCGGGUGCGUCAGCUCGUGAUGAAUGGGUUGCAGCCCUGAUGGAGGCCUCGCGCUCUCAAGGAUCCGGCGGUGGCCCAGCUGCCGACCCCGCCUCCCCGAAGUCGGCGGUGCACAGCAUAGCCAGCGCGAAGAAGGCGGCCGGUAAGCUGAGCAAGGCCAGGGCCAAUGAGAUCCCGAGCCGGCUCUGGCCGCUGCUGGACGUGACGGGUGCCCGGCGCUGGGCCGAUGUCCGCUAUGUUUUGAACGACAGGCUGCUGACGAGUGCACCACCCCAACCUCUCGCCUCAGACGCAGCGGGCCACUUGCUGGAGCAGGCCCUGGCUUUGGGGACGGAGCCCUCGCAACAAAGCCUGACAACCUACCUGGACAGCACCUGCAUGCUGAAGACCGUGAGGUUUACCCUCUGGAGCCAGUCGGAGUUGAAGGCUUUCUGGCUCAACGUCUACCACUGCCUCCUGCUACACGGCCUGCUGGUCCUCCCUGCCCCUGACACCCAGGAGAAGUGGACAGCCUUCCGGCAGCGCGCCAGCUACCUGGUUGGCCUGAGACCGGUGAGCCUGGCUGAUAUUGAGGCGGAGAUCUUCCGGCUGCCGAAAGAAAGCGUGGCUCCGCCACAGGAGGUGGGGGCGAUAAACCCCGGUGGCUGCUGUGGCUUGUUCGUCGGCAAGGCAACCGUGAAGGCACCAGACACCAUCAAACAGGCAGCUGACCCUGUUGAGCCAUCUCAGAACAGCCGCAUGCUUGUGGAGUCUGGCGAGAACACCGACACCUCUCCCGUGGACCCGGUGAAUGCAUGUUUGUACCUCGAUGUGGCGGAAGCCUGGGAAGCUCCAAGUGCGGAUCCCAGGCUCGAGCUCGGAUUGGCCCUGGGAUCUAGCAGCUGCAGCAUUCCAGUUUUCCGGGCUGCCAACCUGGAUUCUCAGCUGGAUGAGGCCGCACGCCUCUUCGUGCAGGCGCACGUGGAGACAGAGGCCAAUGAGGGUGAGCUCGGCACCGUGUCUUUGCCAGCGAAGUGCCGGGCUCUCAAGCGUCACUUCAAGGAUGACAAGGAGCUUCUUCACUUCUUGUGGAAGUUCCAGUCUUCGAUGGCGCUUCCACUGCCGGACAAGCCGGUGCAGGUGAAAUACAGAGCGCUGGGAUGGCUCUCCUCCAGGGCCAAGGUCUCACGAGCCACCAUGGAGUCAGAGACGCCAAGGUCCCUUUCGAUCGCUGAAAGCGGUGCCAGGGACGCUCACGUCGAGCUUUUAAGCAAGGGAUAUGGCUCAGCCAUCCCCGGUGAUCAGCUAGAGACGCUGAAUGUUAUCUCCUUGUGA